AUGGGUUCUCAUGCUCACAAAGUUCUCGGAUUGGGCAAUUCAAGAGGUCGUUUAUACACGAGACACGCGGAUUUACUGAGGUAUCCAGCAGACAGCGCUGACAAAGAAUGGAUUGCAAGUCACAAUCUUGUGAAUGCUGUCGGAGGCAAAACUUACAUCAUGGUUUUAGAAGAUAUAGAGGAACUGGCUCAUAGUGAUGCAUACAAGCACAAUUCGUUGCCCUUACUUGGCGAGCUGACCGGUUUCAAAGUACCACUAUUUAUGUUGAGGAAGAUAAAGGCAUAUGUUCUUAAGAGAGCUCUGAGCGGGGAUCUAAACGCCGAUAGCCCACAGCCAACAAUGAGUAAUCAAGAGGACAAAUUCAAAAUUGAUGAUAUAAAAAUCGAGGCACACGACGACUUCGAUUCUGCCAACUUCAACGCCAGUCAGUAUAUGAACAAUUCAGAUGGCGCAGGCGUCGCAAACGAUAACGACUUCGCCGAUAUAAAAGUCGAAGAUAUAGAUGACAUUAAAGUGGAUGGAAUCAAAAUGGAAGAUCUGGAUGAGAUGAAGGUUGAUGGAAUCAAAGUGGAAGAUCUGGAAGCGAACGGUAUUAAAGUUGAAAAUAUAGACGAUAUCAAUGUUGAUACGAUCAAAGUUGAAGACAUCAAACUCGAGAAUGAUGAAUUUGAUUUGUGUAAGGAUAAUGAUGAGAACAGUCUGGUCGAUGGGUUGCUUGAGGCGGAUAUUGAGUUCCUGAGCCGGAACUUGGGGGAUAUUGAAAGUGACGCAGAUGCAAGAAAGACAAUUGAGAAGUUGACAGGUGUCAAUCCGGACACAAUUACUUUGGUUGGUGACGAAUUUGACAUCGGAAGUACACUUAAUAGCAACUUUUCAGGCAGUCAAAACACAAAGUGCAUAACAGUAGCAUCAACCACCAGUGGUAUGGUGCACAGUGUCCCCGUGGCCCAUUUGGCCCCGGGCCGUAUCGGCAGUACAGUGCACUACUACACAAGUGGCACGGUCCAAGGCCAGAGGACUGUCCAUCAUUUGCCUCAAGCCACUGUCACUAUACAAAGCAUACCGGCGUCUGCGUCUCAAGUUAUUCGCGGCAUUCCAAUCAACGCCAAGUCUGGGACCAUUAGUACUGUGAUGUCUCAGGGUACGGCCAACACGAUCAUCGGUUUUGGAACUCACAACUCGACCAUCAUCACUCCAGGACAAUACAACGUGACGAAAUCGUUUCCCAAUGGCAACAUUCUCCAUAACGCGAUAAUGUCCAAAACCCAGAAUUCAGGUAUUUCCUUUUCAGUCCAGCCGGUCACGACUCCCAAGUCGGACUUCGACAUCUCCACGACCAAGGAAAUGAUCGACAACGCUUGUAAUUCCUCGGUUAUGUUGAAGAAGGUUCUGACGUUGGGCAGUGCGGGUUCAGGCAAGUCUUUCAUAAUGCAUAACACCCAAAAGGUUCUUUCUACCGGGUUCGCGACGGGUUCCACACCGCCACCUAAUGUGACGAUAGUUAGUUCUGGUCCUGGGCUCUUGAACAGUCUGGGAAAUUCUACUAUUGUGUGCCCUGGUAAUGGCAAUUUAAGUGCGACUCACGCAACUUUGUCAGCGCUUUUGGCUUCAAGCGCUGAGAAGGCUCAGGCAAAUAAAAAAUGA